CAUUGCUUCUUCAAGAUUUUUGGCAUGAUUUUGGUUCAAAAUUCCAACCAAUUAAUACUGAGCAUGUGUGCUAUCAUUGUGAAGGGUCAUUGGAGUAAUCUGUUGAAGCUUGAGAAGGCUUCUGCUCUUACUUCUUCCACCAUUCACCAGGUACUUGUGCAACUCUCUCUCCAUGGCUUUGCUCCAUCUCAUUCCUUGUCAUUCUUCAAAUGGGCUGAAUCAGUUCCAAAUUAUAAGCACUCUUUGCAUUGUUCAUGGUCCAUGCUUCAUAUCCUUGUAAAGCAUAAACAUUUUAGAACCGCACAAGAGAUGCUUGAAAAAAUUGCCCGCAGGGAUUUUCUUUCAUCGCCAUCAGUUUUGAGAGCUUUGAUUGAAAUUCAACAUGACCCAGAAGUGAAUUCGCAUAUAUUGAGUUGGCUUGUAAUACAUCUUACAAAAUCAAAGAUGACCGAUGAUGCCCUUCAGGUUUUUGAGCAGAUGAGGCUAUAUAAAUUGAAACCUCAUUUUCAUGCCUGUACUGUGCUUUUGAAUUCUUUGGUCAAGGAUGGGGUUACUAGCAUGGUAUGGAAGGUUUACAAACAAAUGGUUCAAGUUGGUAUUAUUCCUAAUAUACAUAUCUAUAAUGUGUUAAUCCAUGCUUGUUCCAAAUCAGGAGAUGUGGAGAGGGCAGAACAUUUACUGAAUGAGAUGGAAGUGAAGGGUGUGUUUCCUGAUAUUUUCACUUACAAUACUUUGAUAUCAUUAUACUGCAAGAGAAGUAUGCACUACGAGGCUUUAUCUAUCCAGGACAGAAUGGAAAGAGAGGGAAUAAAUCUUGACAUUGUUAGUUACAAUUCUCUUAUUUAUGGAUUUUGUAGAGAGGGUAGGAUGAGAGAAGCCAUGAGGAUAUUCAGCAACAUCAAAGGUGCAAUUCCCAAUAAUGUUACAUACACUACAUUGAUCGAUGGGUAUUGUAAAAUAAAUGACCUUGAGCAAGCUCUGAAAUUGCGUGAGAUGAUGGAGGCUAAGGGAUUGUACCCUGGAGUUGUUACUUAUAACUCAAUUUUGCGUAAGCUAUGUCAGGAUGGUAGAAUAAGAGAUGCAAAUAAACUUUUGACUGAGAUGAGUGAAAGAAAAGUUCAACCUGAUAGUGUCACAUGUAACACGUUGAUAAAUGCUUACUGCAAGAUAGGAGAUAUGAAAUCUGCAUUGAAAUUUAAGAACAAGAUGUUAGAGGCUGGAUUGAAACCUGACCCAUUUACAUUCAAAGCAUUAAUUCAUGGGUUCUGCAAGAUGAAAGAGCUGGAAAGUGCCAAGGAGAUGUUGUUUUCCAUGCUUGAUGCUGGGUUUUCCCCCAAUUACUGCGCUUAUUCAUGGAUAGUAGAUGGUUACUGCAAUAAAGACAAUGAAGAGGCAGUUGUUACGCUCCCAGAUGAGUUUCUUAGAAGAGGUCUUUGCAUUGAUGUUUCAAUAUUCAGGGCAUUAAUAAGAAGGUUAUGUAAGUUAGAAAGGAUACCAUGUGCUCAGAAGUUAUUUAAUCUUAUGGAAGGGAGAGGUAUAUCAGGUGACUGCGUUAUUUAUACAAGUCUUGCUUAUGCAUAUUGGAAAUCAGGGAAUGCAAAGGUUGCAUCAAAUAUAUUCGAAGAGAUGACUAGGAGGAGGUUGAUGAUAACGGGCAAAAUCUAUAAAUGUUUUGGUAAUCCUCUUGAUAGUGAAAACAAAACUUCAUGUUCAUUCUGGAAUUAUGUGGUGGAUAGGGGCCUUAUGUCAAGAAAUACCAUGAAUAAAGUAAAGAAGAUGGAAUUAUGAUGAUUAAUCAUUGUUCACUAGAAUUUUCAGAGUUAUGUUUUGAAGCUUUUAGAGUGGAAAAUGAAUUACUGGCCAUGAUUGCAUUUAUAGCCUUUCUGUAUUUUUCUCUUCAUAAUUUACUAGAGGGUGGAAGCAAUUGGCUGUGAACAGAGUGUCUGAUCAUUUAUUAACUAAAUCUGAGGUUAACAUAUUUAUUCGCUAAUGGAUUAAAUUUACUGUAUCUUUUUGACAUUAAAUCACUAGGCAUAACUACUUUUCUCUGUAACUUGGGAUUCAUAGCUAGCAGGUUUAUUAAAAUUCUUAGACUCUAGAUAGAUGAAGAAUAUAAGUCAUAGUUUGAUGCUUCUUUGUGUUUUGGCCGCUGAAUACUGCUGCCUGCUCUUUCAUUAAUUUGCAUAAAAAAAAAAAAUCAUAUUUUCGCUUGCCUGAGUAUAGUGUUGAACUACUGAAAAUUCUUGUAUUUCUUUUUCCCAUCACCUUUAAAUUAAUCAUAUUGCUGGAAGAGACAUUUGCAUUACCAUUCUCUGUUGUAAUGCUGAACUGACGAAAGUUAAUAUCUGUUGAUUCUGUUGGCAUUAACUAUCCUGAUUGCUUGGACCUUAAAUGGAAGAGAUUUCAUGUAAUUGACCAUAAGUAGAAUGUGUAGCCAAAACUAGAAGCAUUUUGAUGCAAAUUUGACCCUCACCCCCAAGACUUAAGAAAAUUCGUUUUUCUUUUUAGAAAAAUAAAAAGGGCUGGCUAUUUAUCCACCAAAAUUGAAUUGAAUGAAAUUCAGUCUUCUGUCAAUUUACAUUGUCUCGGGGACCUAUUCAGCACCAUCUACUACUUCUCAUUGCUAAGCUGUUGAGACAGAGUAGAGGAAAAUGUCCUAGGAUCUAUUUGUAUGUCUUCAAUUUUAAUUGGAAAACACCUAUAACUGCUAAUGGGUUUCUUCUUGCAUGCUCUUGCUUUGGUUAUUGAUGAAUUGGUCUUCCUCUUCCUUAACUCUUGAUUUCAUCAAAUGUGGCUUGAGCUUGUUUACAUCUGACUGUUGAACAGGUUUCAGAAAAAAUUCUUGAGCUCCUUCUUCUAAGCAUCUGAUUGGAAAAAAAAAAAAAAAAAGGCCAUGUCAGAUCCAAGAUUCAGUCAGUUAUAACCUCUAAAUUUUUAAUUUUGAAAUUCUUAGUUAUUGUCUUAUGAGAUUUGGGGUUACUCUUCGCAGUUUCCCUCACCUGUCGAUCCUUGAUGGGACAUUCUCUGAGGACAUAAUCACCACUGGCAAACUUUCAUGGCAUGGAGAAGAAAACCCUAUCAAAAUCUUGUAGAAUUGAAAUUAGAUUAUUUUCUGUAUACAAAAUACAUCACAAGUCUUUUCUCCAUUUGUGGAAAAUAUCCCAAAAGAUUACCUUGAUUUUUCUCAGUAGAUCGUAGCCUGUCAUUCCUGGCAUACAGUAAUCUGUUAUGAUCAGGUUCACUUCUAAAUCCUGCCAGAACAAGUAACAGUAUAAUUAGAUCAGACUCAAUAGAUCUAACCCAGAUUCAUCCCCUGAGAAUGCUAAACCUUUGAAGAUGGAAAACAAUUUGAACCUGAUGGCUAUCAGCAUCAACAGAGACUGUAUCUCCCUUUCUCUGUUCAUCUGCAUUUAAACCAAGAAAUUUCAAAGCCUUGCUUCCAGAAUCCACUGAAGUAACUGUGAUCACAAAAAUACAUCCACAUGAAUCAGAAGAUAUCAAAUUAACCCAAAAACACGUACAUACAUUUAUAUAAUUACAUAUAUAUAUAUAUAGAGAGAGAGAGAGAGAGUACCUUGGAAGGAUGAGGUCCUGAGGAGCCUCUCAAUCAGCAUUCUGUCAAUGAGACUAUCAUCAACAGCUAAAACAUGAAACUGGGUCUCUGCAGCCAUACCCAUAAUAACUUGAAGAUUACGGUGUAUGGCAAAAAGCUUGAUGAAGAUGAAAUAGUGCAACUGAGAGGGAUGAAGAUGAUGAUGAUGAUGGUGAGAAAUGAGAACGGGACAUUUUAAAAGGGCAGCCCAUCAUGACCAAGAAGAUACAAAAUCAUCCAAGGAAAUCUGACAGUUUGGAAAGCGAGAUCCGACAGAUUUCAUUCAGAAUCUCCAGGAUCUUCUAGGUUGAUUUCUAAAUUCAAGAAGCAGCAAAGAAGGUGCUGUUUUACUUGCUAAUUUUUUUCCAUAGAAUCAUUUCGUUUGACUCUUUAGGUUAAUUUAUGAUUAAAAGUCACUACUCACUAUUGGGUUUGCUGUGCCUUUUCAAGAGUCUUGAAGGUCACUGCUCAAUAGUGUCAGCAUUCCA